AUGGCGACUCAGCAUUAUCAAGCGCCCCCCCUCCCUAUCAAUGUUCCCUCCAAGGCCCCCGCGCCUGUCAAUCUGUAUCCUAUCAGCCGUGUUUCAGGAUCCCCACCAGAUGUAUCUGACACCAGCACGACGGCGGGCAGUCGCACAUCCGCCGGCUUCAGCUACGGCUCUGGGAGCAUCAGCGGCGACUACGAGUCGAGUUCAGCAUCGUACUCUGGUGUCGAUGUUGUCGAUGUCUUGAGUGACCGCAUGCAGAGCGUGUUUGACCCCACGCCAUUGGAUAAAGGGCUGGCAAGACAGGCACAGGCUUCCGGACAGCUGAAUGCCAAACAACGUGAACUUCUUGAAUUGCAAGCUCUCGCCCAGCGACGACUGCAAGGUGUACGUGCCAACUUCUCUGACGGCAUCAAAGUAGCCCGGGAGACUAAAAGGGAUCUGGAAUGGACACAAAAGCGAGUGAGUGCAUUGAAGGCAAAAGCUGAGGCUGUGCAUCCCGACGAAUACCGAAGGGCGACGAACAAGUAUACUUAUGACGACGAUUACUGA